GAUUCAAAACACCAGGCGGCUUCACAGCAAUGGCUACAAGUGCCCCAACCGUGCCUGGGCAAAACUCACUCAGUACAACGGCUGAACGUGGUCCCGUGAAGACCGGUAGAGAUCUUGUGCUUUCUCAGACUAUCACAUAGAGAACAUAAAGGACUACAUACUUCACUGUCAUCUUAUGGCUCCUGAUUUGAGAAGUCUCAGCCCCAGUGCCUCGUAGCAACCAAGUAGAUUGCAGCAAACAUUCGUUUGAAGCUGUAUGCUGCUGCUGCUGCUGCAGGGAUGAUCACAUCCCAUUUGAACGGUUAUGUGCAAGAGGACUCUGGCCAGGCCAAGAGCCACAGGGAGAGGGCCGUGGACUGUCCAGGAGAGGACACAUCCCCACAGUGCAGCACCCACAUGGAGAGGAUCCAGCACUACCAGGAGGAGCUGAGGAAGGAGAGAGAGGAGGACAACAGGGGAAAGUAUGACAUCAAGCCCAGUGCUUCACUGAGGCUCAAGAAGCUAUCACAAAACCCCAAGGUGGGGAUUGACAAUCCUACCUUUGAGGGGAAGGAAAAGGCCACCAAAGACACAUGGUCCCAGGAUCCCGCAGCUGAACUGGAUGAGUUGCUGCAAGCACUGAAGUGGGUACAGCAGUGCCUGACUGACGCACAGAGCCAGCAGGACGUGGAGCUGAUAAUGCAGCUCCUUGCCAAGGAGGACUUCAGAAAUGCUUACACUAUCUACAGCACUGUGUCCCAGCAGAUGAGCAGAGUCAGUCCCACCUCACCACUCACAGCACAAGCACAGGACCUUUGCCAGGAGGUUCAUAAGAUUCUCCAGUCCAGCCACCAGAAGGAAGGUGUGGAGCUCAAGGCCUUGCUCACAAACCCUCAUCUCCAGGCACUGAUGCAAACCCACGACAGUGUGGCAGUGCAGGAAAUGGCAGAAGAAAUCAUGACCCAGUACCUUGGAGAGACAGUUAAAUUGGUGCGGCUGGAGAAAGCCUGUGACACUCCACUGGGUGCGACAGUGCGUAACGACAUGGACAGUGUGGUGGUGAGUCGUGUGGUGAAAGGCGGAGCAGCAGAGCGGAGCGGCCUCCUCAGUGAGGGAGAUGAGAUCCUGGAAAUCAAUGGAAUUCCUAUACGUGGGAAACAUAUCAAUGAAGUCCACGAUUUACUGCAACAAAUGCAUGGCAUUCUGACCUUCCUCCUUAUCCCAAGCUCUCAGGCUAAACCUGCCCCACAGAGACAGACUGUGAUGCACGUACAAGCCUACUUUGACUAUGACCCCUCUGAUGACCCCUUUGUGCCCUGUCGAGAGCUGGGUCUGUCCUUCCAGAAGGGAGACAUCCUCCAUGUCAUCAGUCAGGAUGAUCCCAGCUGGUGGCAGGCCUACAGAGAUGGAGACGAGGACAACCAGCCUCUGGCUGGACUCAUUCCAGGGAAAAGCUUUCAGCAACACAGAGAGAGCUUGAAGAAAACUAUUACAGACAGAAGUCGAGAACACCAAGGCCGGCUUUGGUAUGCAAAGAAAAGCAAGACACACAGGAAGAAGAGCGCAUCAAACUUUAGCAAAAAUACUGACUAUGAUGACAUCCUGACCUAUGAGGAGAUGUCCCUUUAUCACCAGCCCGCAAAUCGUAAACGCCCCAUAGCUCUGAUCGGUCCGACAAACAGUGGUCAUGAUGAGUUGCGUCGGAGGCUUCUGUCCACUGAGCCAGAAAAGUUUGCUGUCGCUGUUCCACAUACAACCAGAAACCCAAGGAUACAUGAACGAAAUGGACGCGAGUACCAUUUUGUGAGUCGGUCAGCGUUUGAAGCCGACUUGAAGGCCGGGAGGUUUAUCGAGUCGGGUGAAUAUGAGAAAAACUUAUACGGCACCAGCACAGACUCUGUCCGACAGGUCAUCAGCUCUGGCCGCAUCUGUUUACUCUGCCUGCACACCAGGUCACUGCGAGUGUUGAGGUCUUCCAACCUCAAGCCCUAUGUCAUCUUCAUCGCUCCUCCUUCUCAGGAACGACUACGCACUCUGCUGGCCACAGAGGGCAAAACACCAAAGCCCGAGGAGCUGAAGGAGGUCAUUGAAAAGGCCCGAGAAAUGGAGCACAAUUUUAGCCACUUCUUUGAUGCAACCAUUGUGAACAUGGGUCUGGACCAGGCUCUCCACGAGCUGCAGAGGCUGAUAGGCAAGCUGGACACUGAGCCACAGUGGGUGCCCACCUCCUGGCUGUGCUAGAGGUCACAAGGUUGCCUCAAAAAGACUCUCAGGGCAGAAGGAGGUAAACAGAAGAGCAAAAAUGUGUGUUCUUUGAGGCUGAAAAAUGAAGGAUGGACAGUGGUAAACUGUCGCUUGGACAUUCUCCUCACUUGAAGAGGAGGUGAUUGUUACCGCGCGGUGCAGGGAUGGACUGGAGUUUCUUAUGUUUUGUUUUAUUAAGGUUCUUGUUAUAUCACAGUUUUAUGCAAAGUCAUUUAUCAAACAAAUAGAAAUAUUUCUAUUAUAUUAAGUUAUUUAUAAUUGUAAAAACAAUUUUAUAGAACAAUUGUUUUAUUGUUGCAUUCUGUGAGCUAUACAAAAUGGUACACUCAACAGGAAAAGUGUUAUUGUCACAGACGUUAAAUGGCUGCUCUUUAGGUAGCAAAGGGGAGAGAAGCACUGGCGCUUAAAGCGGCUGCAGUGUUAAUGUCUUCCAUCCAAUCUGCUGUAGUCUGCAGAGUUUUGGGGUAGUUCCUCUACACCAGUGUCAGUAUUAUUGUGUUGUUUCAUUUCUGCUGAUAACAGUCCUUAAGCCUAUGAUUUGUCUCUAGCUUGUAUUGCUACAAUCAGUACAUCAUGCUGCAAAGUACUGCUGAUUUUAUUUUUGACCAGUGUUUAAUUUACAAAACAUUAUACUGUAACUCUAACAGUUCCUGUAUUGCUUCUUUGCAGGGUAUUUAGUAAUUCAUAUACACAGUUUGGGAAAAGAGUGUUAACUAGACAAAUGCAUUUCCUGAAGAAUUGCCCUGAAAAUGCUGAAAUGGCCACUUCAUUAUGAAUAAUAAAGAGCUGAAUACAUUCAAAAUAGUACACAGCUAGUAGUAAAAUAUCCCAUAGUAUUUUAUUCAGACAUGUCUGCACAAAAAAAAGUUAGAAUCUACUGGAUUACAGUAAGUGACACAUUGCAGUAAAUUGCUUUGGGACAGAAAAUCAGAGCAACAAUUGAUUUUGAAAACCAACU